CUCCUCAGUAUCUCUCUCUUACUAAAAACAAACCCUCUCUCUCUCUCUCUACAAAGAAAAAACACCGUUUCUUUAUAGUUUUAUCUCCUCAGUAUCUCUCUCUCACUAAAAACAAACCCCCAUUCUCUCUCUCAAAAAUUACGCCUUUUUUUCUGAAUCUUUUCAUUGUUUCAUCAAUUCAACUUCUCUUGAAUCCAACACUGUCAUCCAGUUGUCAUCCAGUUUGCUUUGAAUCAAAUUCGCCCACAAGAUGUCUGAUGAAAGUCCCAAGUCAGUUCCGACAGAGGCGGCCGAGACAUCCCAAGAAGCGCUUCCGCCACCGCCACCCCCACCCGUGGCGGCGGAGUUGGAAUCUGACCCACCUGUGAAAGCUGUGACUACGGUGGGAGAGCUGGUUGAAUCGGAGAAACGGAAGCCGUUAGAUUCAUCGAAGGUCCCUGAAUCGCUGAUUUCUUUCAAAGAAGAGAGCAAUAGAGUGGCCGAUCUCUCGAAUUUUGAGAAAAGGGCUCUUGAAGAUUUGAAGCAGCGGGUACGAGAAGCCCUCAACAACCAUGAAUUCAACUACCCGCCGCCGCCGCCGACACCGCCAGUGGCGGCGGAGAAAGUAGAGGAACCAAAAUCAGCUGCGGUUGAAGAGAGAACACCGCCGCCGCCGCCGCCGCCGCCACAACCUGUUUCCACUGUACCCACUUCAGAUUCUCCACCACCGCCUCCAGAAACUGAAACCCCCAUCACAGAAUCAGCACCAACCCAUGAACCAAAAGACGAGCACAAACCAUCUGAAGCAGUCACCAAAAAUGAUAAUAGUGCCAAUACUGAAAUUACUUCUUCUCCUGUGGAAGUUUCAAUCUGGGGUGUGCCACUUCUCAAGGACGAUCGGAGUGAUGUGAUUCUUCUGAAGUUUCUGAGAGCCAGAGACUUCAAAGUCAAGGACGCAUUUGUAAUGCUUAAGAACACAUUUUUUUGGAGGAAACAGUUUGGAAUUGACACCCUCAUCGACGAAGACCUCGGAGAUGAUCUCGAAAAGGUUGUGUUCAUGCAUGGUUUGGACAAGGACGGACACCCUGUGUGUUACAAUGUGUAUGGAGAGUUUCAGAACAAGGAGUUGUAUCAGAAAACGUUUGCUGAUGAAGAGAAGAGAACCAAGUUCUUGCGUUGGCGGAUUCAGUUCUUGGAGAGGAGUAUAAGGAAGCUUGAUUUCAGUUCUGGUGGUGUGUGUACUAUCUUUCAGGUCAGUGAUCUGAAGAAUUCUCCGGGUCCGGGAAAGCGCGAGCUCCGGCAAGCCACUAGGCAGGCUCUGCAAUUGCUUCAGGACAACUAUCCGGAGUUUGUUGUCAAACAGGUGUUCAUAAAUGUUCCUUGGUGGUACCUGGCUUUCUAUACUAUGAUCAGUCCGUUCUUGACCCAGAGGACCAAAAGCAAGUUUGUAUUUGCCGGCCCUGCGAAAACUGCAGAAACCCUUUUCAAAUACAUACCUCCAGAGCAAGUGCCGAUUCAGUAUGGUGGUUUGAGUGUCGAUUUCUGUGACUGCAACCCUGAAUUCAGCAUUGAUGAUCCAGCCACGGAGAUUACUGUAAAACCUGCAACCAAGCAAACUGUGGAAAUCCUAGUAAAUGAGAUAUGUACUAUUGUCUGGGAGCUGAGGGUAGUGGGGUGGGAAGUGAGCUACAGUGCUGAAUACGUGCCUGUUGCUGAAGGUGCGUAUACCGUGGUUAUUCAGAAAGCAACUAAGAUGGCUCCCACUGAUGAACCAGUGCUGCAUCACAGCUUCAAAAUAGCCCAAGUUGGUAAAAUAAUACUCACUAUUGACAACCCUACCUCGAAAAAGAAGAAGCUCAUCUACAGGUUCAAUGUGAAACCCUUGUGUGAUUGAAGAUCCCAAAUUAUCUGAGUUACUUUGGAUUUGACAUGAUGCGAUUUACUCAUCAUUAUCAUUAUGGUUGAAGUUCUUUUUUUUCGGUUAGUAGGUGGGUGUUUCACAUCCCUUUGAUCGUGGUCUUUUUCUUUAUUUGGGGGAUCCUAUGUAUUUUACUCCCUAGUUCUUGGGUCAUCCUUUGUGCUCAUUUAGAUGACAGUGAGGCUCGUGGUGGUUUUAGUACAUGAUUUUCAAUUCGAUAGUUUGUGAGACUUGGAAGAAAUGUGAAUCAUGCGGGCUAACUAUGGAUGAAUUUUGAGGGCAAGCCAUACAUAUGUUAAGAAAAAUGUGCCUGUAAAACUUGUGUUCGCUUCUGCAUUUGGUUUUCUAUUUUGUAUAUUUCCUGUUGUUGUAUGUCUAUUUAUUGGAACUAACACACAUUGUAUUAUAAUGAUUGUAUACUAGUUGUUUUGUUAUGCAUA